GAAGAAAAGAGGAGUUAGAAAAAAAAAAAAAGAAAAAAGCAGCGAGGCAGAGGCGCCGGCAGUGCGGAGAGGGCGGCUGGCUGGAGGUCCACAUCCAACCGGCGGGGCGCAGGUCGGAGAGCAGACGGUGUGCUCCCCGGCCCCGCGCUGCUGGGGACGAAGCCCCACUCGCUUUUUUUUUUUUUUUCCCCUUUUUUGCUUUUUCUUUCUUUUCAUAGCAGCUGGAUCAAGACUCUCAGCGUGUGCGUAUUAAAACCUUUGCGAAGAAGGAGGGGAAAAAAAAGGGCCAAGCAAACCAACUCCACAUCAGGACGACCUGGUCUUUAAAAAGGGAUACAACACUCUGGAUGCGCUUGUUCCUGUCUUUUGUGACAGAUGCUUAAAGCGAUUCCAACAUCCAAAUCUUAGGGUUGGUGUUUUGUUUUGUUUUUUUUUUUUUUUUUACAGACAUCAUUUAGACUUGCUUUUUUUUUUUUUUUAACUCUUUUGAUUCUGCCCUGCGUUGCAUCAGUUCCCCUCCCCCCCCACCGCUGGCGGGUUGAUGGGAGCCGCGGCUCCCGGGAGGCAGAGGAUCUCCCGCGGUUCCAGCCACGCUUCUCACCCGCGCAGGGCGGCGUAGCGCCGGUAAGGCUCAGCCCGCCUCCCCCAGCGCGAUGCGCCGCAGAGUCUAGACAGGCUUUUCUUAUUUUUCUUUUCUUUUUUUGGGCAAAGCCCGACCGAGCAGCGUCUCCCUCCCUCGUUUGUUUUUUUGUUUGGUUUUUUUUCCAAUUUUUCUCUCCUCAGCGGGCAGAGGCGCGGGCUGGCGCAGCCCCCUGCGGGAGGCAGUGAGACCGGCGGCCUCAGCGCGGAGACUGGCGCAUGCCACAGCCCACUUCAGCCCCGCCGCCGCCUUUCCUCCGCUGCCCGCCGCCGCGUCUCGGCUCCCGGCCCCUUCAUGCGCGGCGGACGACAUGCCCGUUUUGUAGCCAGGGGCCCCUCCUCUCGUCCCGCAUGUUCAGGACCAAACGCUCGGUGCUCGUUCGGCGGCUUUGGCGGAGCCGUGCGCCUGGCGGCAAGGAGGAGGAGGAGACGGUGGCGGGCGGCGAGCCCGGCGCGGCGGCCGAGGCCCGGGCGCAUGUUUGCGGCGGGGGGCGCGGAUGCUGCCUGGCCAAGGCGGGCCGUGGCGGCCGGAUGGCCGCGGGUGCGGAGGCAGAACUGAAGGCACUGACCCACGCUGUGCUGAAGCGGCUGAAGGAGAGGCAGCUGGAGGGGCUGCUGAACGCCGUGGAGUCCUGCGGCGGGGUGCGAACUCCCUGCCUGCUGCUGCCCGCCAAGGCCGACUCCCGCCUGGGCCAGCAUUGGUACCCGCUCCCGGUGUUGCUCUGCAAGGUGUUCCGCUGGCCCGACCUCCGCCACUGCUCCGAAGUGAAGCGGUUAUGUUGCUGUGAAUCGUACGGCAAGGCUCACCCCGAGCUCAUCUGUUGCAACCCGCACCACCUCAGCCGGCUCUGCGAGCUAGAGUCUCCCCCUCCACCCUACUCCAGAUAUCCAAUGGAUUUUCUCAAACCAACUGCAGAUUGUCCAGACCCUGUGCCUUUUUACACUGAAACAGGGGGAACUAAUUGUCUAGCCCCUGUGGGGCUUUCAGAUUCCCCAGUUCUUCAGGAGCCAGGAGAUCGGUCACACUGGUGCGUGGUGGCAUACUGGGAAGAGAAGAUGCGUGUGGGUCGGCUGUACUCUGUCCAAGAGCCCUCCCUGAAUAUCUUCUAUGAUCUACCUCAGGGGAAUGGUUUCUGUCUCGGACAGCUCAACUCUGACAACAAAAGCCAACUGGUGCAGAAGGUCCGCAGCAAGAUUGGCUAUGGCAUCCAACUCACCAAGGAAGUAGAUGGCGUAUGGGUAUACAACCGCAGCAGUUACCCCAUCUUCAUCAAGUCAGCCACCCUGGAUAAUCCUGACUCCAGGACACUGCUGGUUCACAAAGUGUUUCCAGGUUUUUCCAUCAAGGCUUUUAACUAUGAGAAGGCGUACAGCUUGCAGAGACCCAAUGACCAUGAGUUCAUGCAGCAACCAUGGACUGGAUUUACUGUUCAGAUCAGCUUUGUGAAAGGUUGGGGCCAGUUCUACACCAGACAGUUUAUCAGCAGUUGCCCAUGCUGGUUGGAGGUUAUUUUUAAUAACUGAUGACUCUAGACAGAGUGGACUUUUACACUACUUUGCUGCUAUUAUUUCCUUCUCAGUGCUUGCUUCUCAUGCAAACUUUUUUGUUUGGUUUUGUUUUUUUUGUUUUCCUCUCUGUUUUGAGAAAUAGCUUAUGGAAAGAUUUUUUUUUUGCCUUGGGCAUUUUGACAAAAAUCUCUAUUUUUAAAAAGUAUGAAUGACCAGUAACUCUGAGGGGUGAGAGAAGAGUGCACGGGGAUGGAUCACGUAUGAUAAUUCUUUCAUGCCUCUGAAAGGAUUAACUUAUGUGAUCAGUGGAUUCAGAAGCCACUUCUUAUGUGUUACAACUCCUUCUCUCUGAUAAAACAAGAAGAUACUACCUUGCCACCAGCCAUCCCUGGUGACAGUGAUGCCGAGACUACUUCCCCAGCAGCUCUAACCAAAAUAUGGUGCAAAACCUUCCCAAUCAGGUCUUUAUCCAACCUUUUAAUUUUUAUUUUAUUUUUCUAGUUGCUGGGGUCACGUCUUGUCACUGUGUUCAGCUUUUUUUUUUGUUUCGUUGUUUUUUUUUUUUAAAUUUUUUUGCUUUAUAGUCAAGGAUUGAUGCAAGGGGAGAAAAUGACAACAGAGAAACCUCAUGCAUGGGCUAUGCUUUAUAGUUUGAACUGAGAUGCAAAGUGACAAAAGCCUAAGCCUAAAACCAAAACAAAAAAAAAGAAAAACAAAUGGGAAAACAAAUGAAAAGUGUUCACGAUAGUUGGUCUCUCAUAACUUGCAUAGAUCACGUUAUCCCAGUACCAUCCUAUCUGGAAAUGCAAUUAUGCUUUUAUUUCUUAUUGAAUUCAUACACAAGUAUGAUACUUUUACACUGUUCUUAGCUCAAUGAGCAUGUUUAGACCUUAACAUAAGCUAUUUUUCUAAAUAUAAAGGUUUAAAUGAACAAGAGAGAAUUUUCAUUGGAACUUAAGCAUUGUAAGUCUUUGGAAAUAAAACACAUACAAAAAAAAGGACUCCUUAAAAAAACCCU